UUAUUUACUACAUUCGUCUAUGAAAGAAGUCACGCCUUAUCUACAUGUGUAUAUGAGGCUACUGAAACAGGAAGCUGUUGCUUUUCAUUUUUCAAAAUGUUCUUAUUUUUUUAACCCAACGUCUUGCAAGCCAUUUUCAGCGGGCUUAGUCUAUAUUUUAGUGUCGAAAGGAACAGUGUGUUUGUGUUCAUUUGUCGAAACAACUUGUAUUUGAUUGAGUGGACUUUAUCUUCAAAAUACAUAUGACGCCUAUGUAAAACCAAAUUUUAUGUUAUUCAUUUUAAACUUGUUUGGAAAAGAAGACAGAUGACCUCCGUUUACGAAGACAACGACCCCAAUACUAAUUUAGGGCUAUCUGGCGAUAUCGGCCAAGCAAACCAAGAUGAGUUGGAUUUUUCUUACUUAUUUGAGUAUGCAGCAUGCAGCGAUUUUCCCGGAGAAGAGAAAGAUGCGUCAGGCCUGCCCUCUCAAAAGGUCCUCAGCCCCCCAUCCGGGCUGGGCUAUCCCCAUGAGGACCACCAGUCUUGCAGCCCAUCUCCAUACAGGGAUCCCAUCCCAGACGCCCUGCUGGCGUACGAACACCUGGACCCCUCCAGGCACGGGGGCCCCGCGCUGAGCCCCCGGAUUGAGAUCACCCCAUCCCAUGAGCUCUACCACACCGGAAGAGACACCCCGCAGGCCCAGCCUGUCAACAUCAGCGUCUGGCCCUCUCUAACGGUGCCGGGGCUGGAGGCCGCCGUGUACCGCGAGGCCCAGUGCCUGAGCCCCGCCAGCAGCAACUCCUCCACCAGCUGGCACUCGGAGAGCUACUCGCCCUGGGCCUCGCCCUGUGUGUCCCCCAGCGGGGCGCAGAAUGCGGCCGACCUCUGCCCCCGCUUCCAGAACAUCCAGACCUGCUCCCCCCGCACGUCCCCCGGCACCUCCCCUCGCACCAGCGUCACCGAGGAAACCUGCCUGGGCCCGCGGUCGCCAUCCCCUCGCCCGGGCUCCCGCUCAACCUCGCCGCAGGGGAAGAGGACCUACGAGAUGUACCAGAACCCCGUCCUGGCCGCCCACGUGCGGUCCCGGAGCCCGUCCCCCCACAGGGGCCACGACCACCACCCCGCCGCCCCCGCGGUGCAGUACGCCCCCCCCUCCAGCCUGGCCGAGGCCAUAAACGGCCUCAGCGCCGGGCUGAGCGUGGCGGUGCCCACCAAGAUGGUCAAGCCCAACCUGGACUGCCAGGCCUAUUGCGAGAGCCAGCCAGACGGCUUCCUGUACUGUGAACAGGAAGUGAAGAGCAAGACCGAGUCCUUCUACGUCAUUCCACAAAUCUGGCCCAAUCAGCUGGUCCCCAACCUCUGCAGCAUUCCGGUGGCUUCCUUGCCCUCCCUGGAGUGGCCUGUGCCCAGUAGGAACGACCAGUACGAGCUCCGCAUCGAAGUCCAGCCCAAACCGCACCACCGCGCCCACUACGAGACAGAGGGCAGCCGGGGAGCGGUCAAGUCAACCAGCGGCGGUCAUCCGGUGGUCCAGCUGCAAGGGUACCAGGGCAAAGAGACUCUGGGCCUGCAGGUCUUCAUCGGCACGGCCGACGAGAGGAUCCUUAAGCCCCACGCCUUCUACCAGGUCCACCGCAUCACCGGCAAGACCGUCACCACCGCCAGCUACGAGAAGAUAGUCCACAACACCAAGAUCUUGGAGCUCCCUCUGGAGCCAAAGAACAAUAUGAGAGCAGUAAUCGACUGUGCGGGGAUUCUGAAACUGAGGAACGCGGACAUAGAGCUAAGGAAAGGGGAGACGGACAUCGGUCGAAAGAACACGCGUGUCCGUUUGGUGUUCCGGGUGCACAUACCCCAGCCUGGGGGCCAGUACUUGUCUCUCCAAGCGGCUUCCCAUCCCAUUGAGUGCUCUCAGAGAUCGGCUCAUGAGCUCCCCAUGGUGGAGAAACAGGACAUGGACAGCUGCUCGGUUCUGGGGGGACAGCAGAUGAUCCUGACUGGACAGAACUUCACAUCCGAGUCCAAGGUAGUCUUCAGCGAGAAAACACAUGACGGACAACAGAUCUGGGAUAUGGAGGCAUCAGUGGACAAAGACAAGAGCCAGGCGAACAUGCUGUUCGUGGAGGUCCCGCGGUACCGAGACCCAUCCAUUUGCCGACCCGCCAAGGUGAACUUCUACGUGAUCAACGGGAAGAGGAAACGCAGCCAGCCCCAGCAUUUCACCUACACUCCUCUGCCAGUGACCUCCAUUAAAUCAGAGCCAUUUGAUGACUACCAGCACAGUCAGAUGGGCUAUGCAGUGUCUCAGGUCCUGGGGGCAUCACCCCAGGCUUAUUACCACAAUCUCCACGGCCUGGUGAACCAGGACAGCUGCCUGCUGGCCAGCAUGGCGUCCGCGUGCGAUCUCCCCGCCCCAGACUCCCGCUUCCAGCCUCAGAACCCUGCGCUCAUCUACCCCUGGGCUGCCAAGGCCCUGGGGAGCAGCCCUGUCCUGUACCAGCAGCGUGGGGGCGGAGCUCCUGACGGACAUCACCCGGUCCCCCGCGCCUCACAGCCCGAGCCCCGUCACGCGGCCGCCCCGCAGCUCUCCGUGUCUCCUCGCCAGCACCUCCCCUCCUCCCCCGCCCUGCACGCCUCUCCCACCAAUCACCUGCUCCAAGGAGCCGCUUCGUUGCCCAGGAAACAGCCCCUCCCGUACUGCGACGGCUUCCCCGGAGCCCACUCUGCGGCCCACCCUCCAGUCACCUAUCAGGGAGUCAUCCAGCAGCAGCCCCACCCUGUGCCCAAGGUGCCCAGGAGCAGGUCCCCAGCAGAACAGGCAGGUCCCCAGCGGGCCCCCACAGGCAGGGUCACCAUUAAGCAAGAAAACCUGGACCAGGUCUACCUGGAUGAUGUUAAUGAGAUCAUAAGGAACGACCUGACAGUCCAUGGCAGAGACCAGACGUAGAUGGGCCCGGUCUCCUGGCAUCCCUCUGAGACAGCGCCCUGGAUUCCCACCCUUCCUAAAGCCCACCCCUCUGUCCCUCUCCAGUUCCCACUGCCCACCAAUUCCAUCCCAGCUUUCUGUCCGGGGACAGCUCACCUGCCAAGUACCCUGCCUACUCCUGCCUAUUUUUACCCAGCAAGCCCAGCGUUAACAAGAAUGUGCCUUAUUUUGAAAUCCACUUGGGGAAAAACUUUAUGAACUAUUCUUAGAGAUAUUUCACAGUAACUGUAAAUAUGCUGACUUAUUACUGAGGAUGGGCAAGGUUUCAUGCAGGCUGACACUGAAAGAGUGUCACAUUAGAGUUCACAGCAUAUCCAAAUAGCCAAAGAUUCUGGAGAAAGCCAUUUACUCUGUACACUGUAUACUGCACAGCUAUAUCAAGAGGAGCCUCUCAUUUUGAUGACUGCUUUGCAGUUAUUUAGAUAGAUCGUUUUUUGCAAAUACUUGACCAGGGAUACGCUCCAAUGCACAGACAGUAGACGUCCCUGCAAAAUGACUGGAAUCAGAUUUCAAUCCACUCUUCUGCUAAUAGCAAGAGUGUAACAUCCUUCAUUUAUUUGGGAAACCUUAAAGCAGUUUUACUUCUGCUUCAGACAAGGAUACUUCACAGAUUCAUUUAAAUUCACAUUUCUGAUUAACGUUUUAACAAGCCUCAGAUACGUGCCGCCAAACGGCCCCCUUUGGGACCCGAAAAUGAAAGGGUAAUGCAGGAUUCCCAGAGCUUUUUAUGUGCCUUAUAUUUAACCAAACUGUUCAAGUUCAUUUUAUAUUAUUAUGACACCAUAUUCCUCUGGUAUUUAUUGGUAAAUAGCUGUGCCUCUGGACUGUGCACUAGUGACCUCUGUCUUCACUUGACAGAAGGGCCCUGUGGCCUUCCAACACAUUCAACACAGUCACAGCAUCAGUUACACGCUCUGAUUGGCUGCCUCAUCACACUUUUUCCGUGGCUCUCUGAUACAAGCACCUAUUUUGCAGCGUGCGAAUGCCGCCCUGACUUGUACUUUAGGAAACCAUCUUUUCCAUACGUAUCUAAAUGUUUGACUUCACAGUUUUCCGGCUAUUGUCAUGAGAGGGCGCAGUGCAGUAACACCAGCAAACUGCGUGUGUCAUGAUUUCCAUUCACUUCAAACGGAUUACAAUUAACAGGAGUCGAGGGCUAGAGAUCAUGCAAUGGGCAUGCCUGGACCUCUAUAUAAACACAACAGUGGAAACAUGACAGCGAUAAUACUAAUACAAAGAAUAACUUCAAAUAUAUAGAAAAACUAGUUGGUUACAUUUUACAUUGGUAAAAUGUAAUAAGACAUUCAGCAAUACCUAAAAGACAUCAAUACUGUAGUGUGACUGGUAUGUGUAAUGCUAUGAUUAGAUUUUCAUAGUUGAUUUUGAAUUGUUUAUGGAAGUUAUGCUGACGUUCCUUUGUUUAGCCUUAUACAGUAUAUAAUUUGUGUAGAUUGUCAUUUAUUGAUACUGUACAUUUAAAAUAAUAUUUAGGUUUUUUUAUUAGCUUAGAGGGAACUUUAGUAUUUAGUUCAAAUAUAUUUUUAGAAGAAAUUAAUCUUAAAUAAUUCAGAAAUAGUUAUUUUAUUCGAAAUGAUGCUCAAUAGAUUUUAAGUGUUUUUAUUAUUUUGCAUGGAAUAUAGAAACCGCAAGCUCUUUCCCCUUUAUGUUUUAUAUAUUUCCUUGCCUUAACCAACAGCAAAGUCUUAUUUUUGUGUUUACUUCUUUGUGUGUUGCUAUGUUACUGCUAGAAGGUGUUUCCUGUAAUUGGGCCUUGAAGUCUAAUUGCAUAUGCAGUUCAAAAAGAAUGAUGUAUGUUUUAACACAGAGUCAUCUCAGUUAUCUUUGUGUACAAUGCCUUUGGAAUUUAUACCCUGAAUGUACUUUUUAGCCAAAUAUAUUGUUCUUAUGUCCUGUAAAUAGCCUGCUGAACUUUGUAUACAAAAUAUGUUUUUGGAAGGGUGUAGGUAGAAGUAAAAAAAUUAAGUUAGAAACUCAUAAAUGGUAUCAGUUGGAUGCCUUAUUAUUAAUAUAUUAAAUGCAGAUCUACAUAACUAAUAAAAUAUUGCAAUAUAGUAAUGCAUCACUUAUUAUGUAUUAAUCAGGUCAUUUUUUAAAUUCAGUUCUGUAUUGUUUACUUUUAAUUUUGCUAUGCAAUCUGAAGAUUUGUUGCAAUUUUUAAAAUAGCAUUUUACCUACAAUAAAUUUGAAAUAUUCUUGUU